AUGGUGUUUGUUGAUGGUUCCUUGAUGGUGCCAGUCGAGGAUCAUCCCAAUUUUCAAGACUGGGUUCAGUGUGAUAGUUUGAUAAAGACAUGGAUCUUGAAUUGUUUGUUGCAGGCUAUCCUUAUCAGUGUAUAUUCUGUAAAGACAGCAAGGGAUCUAUGGGUUGAGCUGAGGAACAGGUAUUCUACUGAAAAUGCUACUAGCGAUUUUGAAAUAACUCGAUCUAUUUCAACUAUUAAACAGGAAGGGAAGCCUAUUAGUGAGUAUUAUUCCAAAAUCAAAACCUUAUGGGAUGAGCUCUAUCAGUAUAAGGAGACUUUUAACUAUGAUUGUGGCAAAUGCACUUGUGAAAUCUCAAAGAAAGCUCUUGUCCAGCAAAACAAAGCAAAGGUCCUACAAUUUCUAAUGGGUUUGGAUGAAUGUUAUGAGCAUGUCAUAAACCAAAUUUUGCUCAUGGACCCUCUACCUGAUGUCAACAAGGUUCGUGCUCAAGUUGGUCAAGUGGAAAGGAAAUCUUUAGUCUAUCAAACUGGCAAACAGGAGGAAAUUCAAAAGCCUAUGACAAUUGCAAUGCAAGCCAUUGACAAGCCAAUGAAUAACAAAAAUGCAAGCCAUUGA